AUGCUCUGCAAGUCGGGCGGCAAGAGGGGGAGCUACGUGCGGACCUAUCUCCCCGUGCCGUUCUACGAAGCUAAGGCAGCCAACUAUAAGAUCCACUGCAACUUCUACGCCAAGUCGGGCGCGGACGGCGACUACACCUUCAAGUACAACGUCGACGAUUCCGCCCCGUACCACAUGGAGUCGGUGCUCGGCCUCCUCGACCUCAACCUCCCCACCGACGAAGGAGUCUAUAAGCGCGCCCUGACGGUGACGCUCAGACGCAAGGGCGGGACGUUUGGAAUCUCUGUCGACCCCGACAACCACCAAAUCACCAACGUGGUCGAGGGUGGUGCUUGCGACACCGCCGGGCUUUGCGUGGGCGACUUCAUCGCCGAGGUCAACGGCAAGUCGACGACCGGCAGCUCCUUUGGCAAGCUGCUGCCUGCUGCAGCGACGGCAGAGAUUAGGCUGCGGCUCAUCCGAGUGCAGGUGGUUGAUCCCGGCCAUCACAUCGUCGCGGGGGGGGCUUAG